AUGGACUUUCAUAGAAAUCGGUGGUGGUUAUUUAGUCUCGUCAGUUUUUACAUGCUCCUUGGACAAAAUGAAGGCAUCACACGAACUUUUUUUACUGGGAUUGAAGAGAAUUGGGAUUAUGCUCCAGGAGGUUAUCACCAUAUCACUGGAAAACCAGUUACUCAGGAUGAACAUGCAUCAUUGUUCCUGCUACAAGGUCCCCAUCGGAUUGGCCACGUGUAUAAGAAAACCAUAUACAGGCAGUACACAGAUGCGACAUACACACAAGAGAUCCUCAAAGCUGCGUGGCUGGGUUAUCUGGGGGCUGUGAUUCGGGCUGAGGUUGAAGAUGUCAUAGUGAUCCACCUGAAGAACUUUGCCUCCAGAAGAUAUUCAAUUCACCCACAUGGAAUCCACUAUGAGAAAGACUCAGAGGGAGCCUUAUAUCCAGAUGGGACCUUCGGCGCAAAGAAGCAAGAUGAUGGUGUUCCUCCUGGUGGAAAUUAUACUUAUACUUGGACAGUAAAGCCGGCAUUUGCUCCUGCUCAGGGAGAUCCCAACUGUCUGACUUGGGCUUACCAUUCACAUGUGAUUGCCUACAGAGACAUCUCUUCUGGACUCAUAGGAGCCCUGCUGACUUGCAAGAAAGGAGUCCUGCAGCCUGUUUCUGAAGUGGAAUAUUCCCAGGUAUUGUCAGGGGUUACCUACUCUCAGGUGCAAAGGACAGAUGUUGAUCAGGACUUAAUCCUCUUGUUCAGUGUGGUAAAUGAAAACCUGAGCUGGUACUUAGAUGAAAACAUUCAAACCUUCUGUUUGGAGCCAGCUAAUGUUGACCCUUCUGAACCAGACUUCCAACUCUCUAACCAGAUGAACGUUAUUAAUGGAUAUGUGUAUGGGAACCUUCCUGGGAUUGAGCUGUGCCAGAACAAAAAGGUUUCAUGGCAUUUUAUUGGCAUGGGCAAUGAGGUGGACAUCCACUCAGUAUAUUUUCAUGGGCAGACGUUGCUGAUUCACGGACAUCGUGUUGACAGUGUCAGCCUGUUUCCUGCCUCUUUCAUGACUGCUGAGAUGGAGCCCUUAACAAAAGGAACAUGGUUGCUAAACUGUCAGAUUAACAGCCAUAUGCAAGAUGGUAUGCAGGCACUGUUCAACGUUUCACAGUGUGCUGGGGAGACAGACUCUGUCCCUCAUCUGCAUGGUACAGUGAGGAAGUACUUCGUUGCUGCUGAGCUGGUUCAGUGGAACUACAUCCCAUCAGGGACAGACAGUUUGACUAAUGUUUCACUGAAUGAAAGUGGAAGCCAUUCAGAACUGUAUUUCGGGAAGGGUAAUGGUCGUCUCGGUGGAGAAUAUACAAAGGUGGUUUAUAGAGUUUACACUGAUGAAACAUUUACAGAAACCAUCAACAAGGAUGCACACCUGGGCAUAUUAGGUCCUGUACUAAGAGCUGAGGUUGGGGAUAUUUUACAGGUCACAUUUCUAAACAAGGCUGAUAGAAAUUACAGCAUCCAAUCCCAUGGCCUUCAAUAUGCCAAGUCUUCUGAGGGAGCUGAAUAUGAAGAUGGAACAAUGAAAAAUGGAUCUCACGUGCAGCCAGGAGAUUCCUUCAAUUACACAUGGCAUGUGAGAGAGGGGCCGUCUAAAAGUGACCUGGCCUGCAUCUCUUACCUCUACUUCUCCUCAAGUGACCCCAUCAAAGACACCAACUCUGGCCUCUUUGGACCUCUGCUUGUGUGUAAGAGAGGUGCACUGAGCUCCAAUAAUACCCAGAUAGGUGUAGACAAAGAGUUCUUCCUGCUUUUCUCUGUUAUGGAUGAAAACCUGAGCUGGUACCUGAAGAAGAACAUUCAGAUCUAUGGGAUGAAUGAAUCAGACCCAGAGAAUGAAGGAUUUCAGGAGAGCAACAAGAUGCAUGCGGUGAAUGGCUACAUGUACGGGAAUCUACCAGGGUUGGAGAUGUGUAAGAGUGACCAGGUCAGAUGAUACCUCCUAGGACUUGGCACAGAAGUGGACAUUCAUGGGGUGUACUUCCAGGGAAACACCUUCCACAGAAAUGGCAUGAACCGUGAUACCCUUGCUGUGUUCCCACACACUCCUGUCAGGGUUUCCAUGCAGCCAGAUACAACUGGACUUUUUGAGGUGAGCUGCAGAGUGAGUGACCAUUAUAUGGGAGGGAUGAGGCAGCAGUACAGAGUGAAAAAUUGUGGGCAGAGCUCGUCUGCUCCUCCCCCAGCUCCCACAGCACACUACUACAUCUCCGCAGAAGAGCUAGAGUGGGACUACUCACCAAAUCGUACCUGGGAGCUCCAGAUCUUCAACACCACAGAGGAGGAUAGUCCAGGCAGUAUAUUUGUGGGGAGUGGUGAGAACAGGCUCGGCUCCAAAUAUAUAAAAGUGGUUUAUAGAGAGUACACUGAUGCCACCUUCAGAACCAAGAAGCAGCGGCAGUCUGCAGAGAAACAUCUGGAAAUGCUGGGUCCAAUCAUUAGGGCAGAGGUUGGUGAAGUUCUUCGUAUUACAUUUCUUAAUAAAGCUAGCCGUCCAUACUCCAUCCAACCACAUGGAGUGAAGACUUCACCUCAGAAUCCAGCACCUGUGUUGCCUGGAAACAUGAGUAUAUACCAGUGGAUUGUUCCAGAGAGAUCCGGCCCAGGAGUUUCUGAUCCAAACUGCAUCACAUUUGCUUACUACUCUACUGUGGACUUCAUUAAGGACACAGUCAGUGGAUUAAUUGGACCACUGGUGAUCUGCAGGAAAGGGACGCUAAACCAGAGGAGACAAAGACUGGAUGUGGAUAGGGAGUUUGCCCUUCUUUUCUUUAUCUUUAAUGAGAAUAAUUCAUGGUACCUGGAGCAAAACAUUCAAACCUACUACAACAGUUCCCACCCUCUGAUCAGAAAUGAAGACUUUGAGGAGAGUAAUAAAAUGCAUGGAAUUAAUGGCAAGCUGUAUGGAAAUCUCCAUGGGGUGGAAAUGCAGCAAGGCGAGACAGUAAACUGGUAUCUCCUUGGGAUGGGCAAUGAAGUGGAUCUGCACACAGUGCAUCUACAUGGCCAGACCUUCAUUUACAAGACAUACCUGCCCCACCAGGCCGAUGUGUUUGACUUGAUUCCAGGAACAUUUCAGACGCUGGAGUUCGUGGCAGAGACUGAGGGAACAUGGCUGCUGCACUGCCAUGUGGAUGACCACAUACAUGCUGGCAUGGAGACCAGUUACACCAUCAAGAGCUCAGGUGCCAGUGCUGUGACUCAACACCUGGGUAUGGUCUCCAUCUUGGCAGUUUUCUCCACCCUUGGACUAAAGUGA